UCCCGUGAAGUCAGCUAAGAACAUCUCAUAAAAGCAAAUUCACAUGUUUUAUGUGGUGAGCAGGAAAAAGAAGAAUGGCGGAGAUGAAUGCAGGGGAAUUGGACAGGGAUAAAGUGUACUACAAGCUGGCAAUUCAUACAAAGAAAAUCUUAGUUUAAAGACACCCACAAGGGGGAAAAGGCACUCUUAGCUAGUCUGGAUGUUAUUCAACAUAGCACCUCGUUUUUGACUAUUGAAUAGUUGUAGCCGUUUGAUCACUGAUUUUCAUGCAAGAUAUACAACGUGCACACGGCAUCUCUGCGAUUAAACAAUUGUAGAUAGAGAUUCCUUUUCAUCAUAUGGAGAAAAAUAUACAUAAUUUAAGUGUACUGACUGUGUCGCUUUGUUGGUACCUUUUUUUAUAUGAAGUUGACUCGUCUCUUCAGAUCACAAUACUAGAAGCUUUCAUUCCUGCUACUUAGUUCCGUUCUUAUAUAUACUCUAAGUAUACCAGGGAUUUCUCGAAAAGGGCAGAACUUCUGAGUCUUGGGUUUUAGCAUCCUUAAUAGUAUUAUGUUCUGUUGAAUGUUCCCUUUGUCUACUCUCAGCUGAAUGCACUUUUUAGUUCCAUUUGGUCAUUUGUAGACAUCAAUUAUACCUUCUUUCUUUUUGUAAGGGUAAGAGUAGUCUCAUAUUGUUAUAAACCAUUUCUGUAGAUUCAUAUACAGUCCGCCAACAUCGUAGACUAUCAAAAAUCUCUCUGCGAGACCGUAAAGGGCUUUUGAGCUGUUAACUAUGGGGGGAAAGUUAAGCCUGGUGGUGUUGGUAUUGUUGGGAGUGUGCAUUUUCAAAGGAUCGGCUCAGCUUAGUACGAAUUUUUAUGCCAAUUCAUGUCCCAAUGUUGAGAACAUUGUAAGAGAUGUUGUUAAUCAGAAAUUCAGCCAGACAUUUGUGACUGUUCCUGGCACACUGAGGCUUUUCUUUCAUGACUGUUUCGUUGAGGGAUGUGACGCCUCUGUGAUAAUCCAGUCUACUGCAAACAAUCAGGCAGAGAAGGACUUUCAAGACAACUUGUCCCUGGCUGGGGAUGGGUUUGAUACCGUAAUCAAAGCAAAGCAAGCUGUGGAGAACGUGUGUCCCAACAUUGUGUCUUGUGCUGAUAUCCUAACCAUUGCUACCAGAGAUGUUAUAAGAUUGGCUGGAGGCCCAGCGUAUAGUGUGGAGUUGGGGAGAAGAGAUGGACUCAUAUCUCAAGCUUCCAGAGUCGAUGGAAACCUACCCAAGGCUUCAUUCAACCUCAAUCAGUUGGUCUCUCUCUUCCAAAGCAAGGGCUUAACUCAGACAGACAUGAUUGCUCUAUCUGGGGCUCACACACUGGGAUUUUCUCACUGCAAUCAAUUUUCAAACAGAAUUUACAGCAACCCAAUUGACCCCACUCUGAACAGUGCGUAUGCAAGCCAACUGCAGGGCAUGUGUCCCAGGAAUGUGGAUCCCACCAUUGCUAUUAACAUGGACCCUACAACACCUCGUAUAUUUGACAAUGUCUACUACCAAAAUCUCAAGUCUGGCAAGGGCCUCUUCACUUCUGAUCAGGUUUUAUACACAGACAGCAGAUCAAGAAGGACAGUGGAAGUGUAUGCAAGGUAUCCCUCUCAAUUUAAUGCGGGCUUUAUACAAGCAAUCACAAAACUGGGUCGGGUUGGUGUUAAGGUGGGCAAUCAAGGAGAGAUCAGACAAGAUUGCAGCCGCUUCAAUUGAUAAUGUUGAUGUCUCAAGCAAUUUAGUAGCUCUAAAUUGUGGUGUCUUAAAUUUUAGGGUUUGGAGGGUUAACAUUAGAAAUGUAGAUUUUGGGAAUCACAUGUUUAUUGUCAUGCUGAUUUAUAUUCAUUUUCAGUCACAAUAAAAGCAGGGGGAUUUGUAAUAGCAAUAAGGUUGGAUGUGUGUAUUUAUGUUCAAUCCCAGAGCUGUACAAUUUUUCAUUGCAGUUUAUCUAAUAAAAUCCAUUUUUAUUUUUUUUAGAUUUUACAA